UCAAUCACAGACAAUUCACAGAAUCGAACCCAAAAGACCAUAUAUAUUUUCUUUUUCUCGUUCUUAAAAAGGAUAUAUAUAUAUAUAUAUAUAUAUUGAUUUCCCAAGGAAGAAACCAAGCAGCAAACAGACAAAUCAUGGCCUUUGCGCUCCUAAAUUGUAUUGAGUUUCCAAGGGAAUGAAUACACAAGAUUCCAAGCCACAACCCCUUUUUGACUGUUCCCUUUUUCCCCUGAAUUUUCCAUUCCAUUUUCCCGAGAAAGCAAGGGAAACCCAACCUCCCAACUCCCUAUUUGCACGUAUACCCAUUACUCUGUCUCGUCUUCUAUCUUUUUUGGAACCAUCAAUACUCAAUUCUUGUUUUGUAUUUAAGAGUUUCAUGAGUCAUUCCAAGACCAAGUCGUGCCCCUUUUGUUGUACACCACACACAGAGUUCUCUGUUCUAGAACAAGGAAUAUUCAGAUGGAAAAUGAUGGUGACCUCAGAUUAGAAGUCUCUGAUAUAAUACCUACUAAUCAACAGAGACGGAAGCAGUCUUUUAUUCGGAAAAUUUUCGCCAUGAAGGAGAGAAAUGAAAGAGAUGCCAGUGGAGUCUCGUUUGAUACCCUUGAAACACUAUCUGUCCCAUCCAUUGAAAAUCAUUAUUUUAGCUGCACAGAGCCUCCCAUGCAUUCUGGUGAAGAAAUUCAGAAUUUAAGAGUGUUCGUAGCAACAUGGAAUGUUGGAGGGCAAUGUCCUAAUGGGAACCUUGACCUGAGUGACUUUCUUGAGGUCAGAAAUGAACCAGAUAUAUAUGUAUUGGGUUUUCAGGAAAUCGUCCCGUUAAAUGCAGGAAAUGUGCUCGUAUUAGAGGAUAACGAGCCGGCAGCAAAAUGGCUUGCUUUGAUCAAUUAUUCACUGAAUGGACCUUCUUAUUUAACUUCAAAGGGACUAAAACACACAGCAUCAUUUAGUGGAUCAUUAUUCUUUCAAAAACCCACUUAUAGGAAGCUUAAGAAGACAUUAAGGACGUUAGAUGGAAAGAGAUUAAAAGGUUGUAACUGUGUUCAUGAAAUGGAAUGGAAGGCUUCCAAGGAAUUAUGUUUUCUCUGCCAAGAAUCAAUCGUAAACCUUGACGAUUCUUCCUCUGAAGAGGACGAUGACAGCUACCAAACUUCCAUUUCAUUGGCUACUAAUAAGAAUAUGAAAUACAGCCUUGUUGCAAGCAAGCAAAUGGUUGGAAUUUUUGUUUGUGUCUGGAUGAAGAAGGAACUUGUUCAACAUGUUGGCCAUUUGAGAGUAUGUUGCACUAGUCGUGGGAUCAUGGGUUGCCUCGGAAACAAGGGGUGUAUAUCUGUGAGCAUGUCACUGUACCAGACACCUUUUUGCUUUAUCUGUAGUCAUUUGGCAUCUGGAGAGAAAGAGGGUGACGAGCUUCGGAGAAACCUUGAUGUCAUAGAGAUUUUAAAGAACACUCAGUUUCCGAGGAUUUGCAAGACAUCGUAUAGUAGAAUGCCCGAGAGAAUUCUAGACCAUGAUCGGAUCAUAUGGCUAGGGGACUUAAACUACCGAAUUGCCUUAAGUUACGAUGAUGCGAAAAGGCUUGUGGAAAGGAAGGAUUGGCUUGCACUUUUUGAAAAGGAUCAGCUUCAGACAGAAAGGGAAGCGGGUCGCGUAUUUAAGGGAUGGAAAGAAGGGAAAAUCUACUUUGCACCUACUUACAAAUAUCCCUUUAAUUCAGACAGUUACUAUGUUGAAUCCGUCAAAGUUCCGAAACACAAAAGAAGAACUCCGGCAUGGUGUGAUAGAAUUUUAUGGCGCGGAAGGGGGAUUCAGCAAUGCUCAUAUGAGCGAAAGGAAUUGAUGUUUUCUGAUCACCGGCCGGUUUGUGCCACAUUUUUGGUAGAAGUUGAGGCCAUGUCAAGGAGGCUCAAGAAGAAGGUUCCUUCUUUCAAUUUUCAGUUUCGAGAUCUUGUAACCACAAGAAGGACAUAUUUUUCUUGAUGAUAUCAAAGUUCUCCGAAAAUUCUAAGGUACUGAUGUGCUAACCAAAAGUCAUUGCAAGUGUGAAUAAGAAUCAAUUUUGGGGUUCUUUGCUGCAGAAAAGUUUGGAGGUUCUGCAUUUUAUCAAGGAACAAAUGUGAAAAAGAAGCCUUAGAAAUGUACUAUAGGAGAUGUAAUUGGAAUAAUUAAUUUUGAAAAAUAAGUUAUAUUUUUUA